GCCUGCCAUAAGCGCUUUGCUAUCAUUGAUGUGUUGAUACAUACGUUUGCAGCAUUAAAUUUUUGUUUACAAAAUCACUAUUAAACUUUGGUAUGAUUUGGCAGUACGUUACUGAUCACUACUUCCGUCCAUUGUUCUCGGCUGGGUACUUUAGAGUAUGCGUCGGCGCGGUCUUCAUAAGCGUGUUUUAUUAUGCCGAUGCAGCGACUUUUCCAUGCUGGUGGUCUAACCAAUGAUUAAGCCUUGAAGACGACACGCCGCAACUGUUCUCUAGUAAGGAAGUAGGUAGCGGGUUUUGCAUUUAAUUGUGUUGUGGAUGUACGCAACGAAGCUUCGAAUCACUAACGUUUCCUUCAUCGGAGCCUCGGUGUUGCCACCUGAUAUACCGCAACCCCCUAGACGCCCCACUGUACCGAGCACGGGUACUGUACUCUCUCCAACAUGAAUGAUCAAUCCUCGGACAGAAGCGUAAUUCGUCUUUUAUCAGGCUCGCUCGCCAUUUUAUUCAUUCACUGGGCCAUAUUUUCAGUUUUUGUCAGUCCCACGUGGGUGCUGCAAGAAACGUUUUGCGAUGUGCUUAGCCGUAGCGCGCAUAACACAUCUGCUUCUAAAUGCUUACCGUUAGCACACCUAAAAACAGAACUCGAUUUUAACCAAUCUGCGUCGCAGUGGAUAGUCACAGUUGAGAACGGUUCGCUUAGUUUGGCUAUCAAUCAGCCUGGAAAACGUUUUUCGAAACAAAAUAGUUCUUUUUUGUUGUUGAAUUCCAAAAACAAGUUUCACCUUGGGUACGGCAAAGUUAAAUGGCAAACUACGGUUUCCAGCGGACAAUGCCUGUCUCUGGUGUUGUGGUUGUCUAAUACAACAUGCCGGUCCACAUUGGACGCUCUGGAUUUGGACCACGGGUCAUACGCUGUGGGUGUCAUCAAUGCGAGCGGAGAAAGCCUAAACAUCAUCAGAUUAUCCGUACUUUUCCGGUUAUGUGGAGCAACUAAUGCCAGUGAAAUCGUUAAGCGCUACGCGGAUAUACUAUUGGAAUGCCGUUUCCCCAACAAACUGCUCUGGACUAGGACAACGUUGGCCUGGUUGGUUAACGGGGAACCUGUGUACUCGCUAUACGAUUCAGAAAAAAUACCUCUAGGCGCAAUGUAUAAGGGUGUGAUCGUGACGGAUUUCUGCAUGGAAGGAAGCAACGACACAUCGCUAUCAACCAAUUUCCUUAUUGAUUGUGUGACAGUGCGGCAAGAAAACAUUAAUCCAACCGCCAAAGUGCUGGCCAAGCAUCGUCGCGUUCGAGCAACGGAUGCAGUUUUCCGAGAUGACUUCGAUGGCGAAACACUGGACAGUUCUAAAUGGCGUCCGAUUAGCGGCAUCCUGAUUGGCAAUAAAACUUACGGUUAUUUAUUACCGGGCAACGUCAUUAUGAACAACGGUACCUUACGGCUGAUUGCUGGAAAAGAAGCGAGUCAAUCGAACUCUGAAUCAGCUAAUUAUACUUCUGGAUCAGUGAAUUCAAUGGGACUUUUCAGCUUCACCUUUGGUGAGGUUGAAUGGAAAGCUAAAUCUCUGAAAGGGAAUGGUAUUUUCUUUGGGCUGUACUUAACUAAAUUCCACUGCGGUCCGUUGAGCGAUAAAUGUCACAACGACUUUUCAUCCUCGAUUAGUGCUUUAAAUGCUCGAGGAGAUACUCCUACGGGGUUCUAUACUUACACGUGUAAGGAGAGAGAUGACCAACAGUUUGAGGAGUGGCACUGGAGAGAAGUGGACAUGACACUGGAUUAUCAUGUCUACAAACUAAUAUGGACCAAAACAGCAAUAGUGUGGAUCCUUGACGACGAGGUUAUCUCUUGGACUACCAAUACUACAGUUAUUCCAGUCAACAAAAUGCAGAUUAACAUGGGGACAUCCGUUAUGCAGGAAGUUGACGACAGUACAAUCUUUCCGGUAGAACUGCUUGUCGAUUAUGUCAUAGUAAGGCAGGGAAAUGUUGAUCCUUGGAAAUGGAUACCUGGAAACAGCGCUGCUAGCACGCUGCAGUCACUGCACGAAACAAGCUUACUGGUGAAAACGACCCCAUUAUCCGUAACUGCAAGUCCAAACGCUUCCAGUGACACUGCACAAAGUCAGGGUCCACAAGUAACUGUCAUAGUUGUGUCAACGGUUUCGGCUAUAACGCUUCUCAUUCUCGUCAGCGUGUUCGUAUACCUGUAUUACAAGCGGAAAACGCAGCGCCGACCUUUUGUACGCAGUGUCGAUACUGUCAUAAGCCUACAAGAUCUUAGUUCCAGUGAUACUAACCUUCGGAGCAACGAUAUUUACGCAGAAACAACAACAGCGUUGCGGAAAUAUAUUGGCACCCUGGAAAUUCCACUGGCCAAUCUGGAAAUCGGCGAAACCUUGGGCCAAGGUGAAUACGGGAUAGUCCGAAAGGGAACUGCUAAAGGUCUCAAAGGUCAUCCGCUUCCAACUACUGUGGCCAUAAAGAGUGGGAAAAAUCAAAUGAAUCAACUUCAACGGAAUCAGCUGAUCCAAGAAAUGAAAAUUAUGACAAAAGCUGGUCGCCACUUAAACAUCAUCAAUCUACUGGGAACCGUUGUAAAAGGUGAAAUUCUUUUACUCUUGGAGUACUGUGAACACGGUUCGCUGCUAAAUUACUUGAAUUUUCAUCGUGGCAUAUACUUCUACAACCAGAUCUCUUCCGAAGGAAAAAUGCUGACCGUUAAUGACGCAGAACUCCGGCUGAGGCAACAACAAGUUGAUCGCGUUCAACAGUCUUUGCAGAUUGAGAACACGUCAUUUGACGGGCGCAUAAUGUCCACCAGUGAUCUGCUGAAUUUUGCCUUCCAGAUUAGCCGCGGCAUGAAUUACCUCAACAGUCGCUCCAUUAUCCAUCGGGAUUUGGCAGCUCGCAAUGUCCUUGUUUGCCAGGACCAUGUGGUUAAAAUUGCCGACUUCGGUUUGGCCAAACAAAUGCCAGAAUAUGUUCUGGUUCAGACUGAUGUAGCAUUGCCUGUGCGGUGGAUGCCACCGGAAUCGAUGAUGAAGCGAGUAUUCAAUCAGAAGUCGGAUGUAUGGUCAUUUGGCGUGUUGAUGUGGGAAAUCUUCAGUUUGGGAGAAACGCCUUACACCGGCAGCAGUUUUAACACUUCAAACCUUCUGGAAUUUUUGACAUCAUUGUGUACCGGCAUGCGGUUAGAACGCCCAUCACUAUGUCCGGCGUCGAUUUACAGUUUAAUGCUUAGUUCUUGGACAACAUCACCGAAUCAAAGACCUGAGUUUGCUCAGCUGGAAAAAGAUUUGACUUCGCUGAUCGGAGACGAUUCAGCGCAAAUCUACCUUAGUAUGGAUUUGCCUUAUCAACAGUUUAAUUUGUUACAGCAGAAUCUCCUCGAUCAACUGUUACAAGUGGAGGACACUGCCAGUAAUGGUACGGAUACAUCUGAUUAUCUCAGUGUCCUGAUCAAUGAGAAUCCAUAUGCGAAAUUGCCGCUUCCCCAUUCAACAAGCAGCACCGAAGAACCGGCGUGCUGAAUCGCCUCUGUUCACCAUCGGCUACUUUGAGAACAUACGUACAUGUAGACUUUAAAUUCGAGCUUUUGAGCGGCAUCUACUCGGGGGCCGUAUAAAUUUAUCUUUUGAAUAUAACGGCUCGUCAAUGAGU